AAUAAAACAAUCCGCCAUUUUGUCCCUAUGACAAUUUAGGAUUUUAAUAGUUUGGAACCUGUAUAAAUCUAAUUAAUCUUUACUCAAAAGUGAUAAUCCGGAAACUGUGCAGUGUUUAUAAAAACUGUGAUAUUUGUGUCUCCAGUUAUUUUUGUUUACGUUUCAUCUUGACGUUUUAUAGUUGACCGAUUUUGACGUCGAUUAGAAGAGAGCUCUAGAUAAAUCAAAAUGGGCACAAGAGAGGACGAAUACGAUUAUUUGUUUAAAGUUGUCCUAAUAGGUGAUUCUGGAGUCGGUAAAAGCAGUCUCCUAUCACGUUUCACUAGAAAUGAAUUUAACUUAGAGUCUAAAUCCACAAUUGGUGUGGAAUUUGCAACAAGAAGUAUAGAGGUGGACGGUAAAACCAUAAAAGCCCAGAUAUGGGAUACGGCCGGACAAGAGCGGUACCGUGCGAUCACGUCGGCGUAUUACCGCGGUGCGGUAGGCGCGCUGCUGGUCUACGACAUAGCCAAGCAUCUGUCCUAUGAGAACGUCGAGCGAUGGUUGCGUGAACUCCGCGAUCACGCUGAUCAAAAUAUAUUGAUCAUGCUUGUCGGUAACAAGAGCGAUCUUAGGCACCUCAGAUCCAUCCCAACAGAAGAAGCGAAGGCAUUUGCAGAAAGGAACGGACUUAGUUUUAUUGAAACAUCCGCUCUCGACUCAACUAACGUCGAGCCUGCAUUCCAGAACAUUCUAACUGAAAUCUACAGGAUCGUAUCUCAGAAGCAGAUGCGUGACCCGCCGGAGGGCGACGUGAUCCGGCCGGACGCGGAGCCCACGGACGUGCGGCCCUCGCACACCGACAACGUGCGCAAGCAGUGCUGCCAGUAGUCGCCUCAACUCUGUUAAUGUCCAGUUUACGUCGUCGGAGCCGGAAAGUGAGACGCGGCUGAAGAUAUAAAUGCAAUCAUUACGAAUCAUUCCCAGACAAUGGUGUUUACCAACAUAAUAACUAGGUUGCCGGUGCAGAAGUAUACUGCCUCUCACUGAAGAUGAAAUCUUUUAUCCAUGAAAUACGCCAUACAUUGUCUAUGGCCUGACCUAUAUUUCAACCUGGCAACACUAACACAAAACGGUUAAGAGUGGCUCAUGUAGAUAGCUUUGUGUAAUUAUUGAUAUUUAGUGUCUGAACGAAUAAAGUUAAAAAAUAUAUAAUA